AUGAACGAACACUGGACUUCUGGAUGGAAUAUGAGCAAUAAUGAUGCUGUGCCGAUUCCAAUUCCAAAUGGUGGCAUGAGCCCGGGUAAUUUCGCAUCACCAAGGAGUGAAUCGUAUGGAGGUGGUUCGUUGUGUCGUCAAGUGGCCGAGACUAUUCUGAGUGGAUCACCGGCAACUCCAAAGGCCCCCGAAGCUUUCAGGAUUGCUGAUAAUUGCUUCCCGAUGAAAAGGGUGAUUGCUCAACGGGCCGAACCGCAACCACAAAUGCUACUCUCAUCAGGAACCCCAGAGUUUCAGCCUUUCUUAAAUACAAUGGCUGAAGCUGGGAUGGCUCCUCCACAAUGGAAUUCAAUGCUUGCUCAAACUACUCAAGGAGUACAACAGCCACAGCAAAUUCAAUCACAGCUCUCGCCGGUUCUUCAGAUAGCUCCCGAUAUCUCAUCGCCAACGAUUUAUCCGCCAUCACCGCCACCUAUGCAAUCACUUUUGACGAACAAUGUAAUGCCUAAUGGAGCUGCUUUAUCAAAAACUAUGUUGAUGCAGGCUCAACAACCGCAAAUACAAUUUCCAAAUAUGAUGGCAAAUCCAUUGCAAAUGAUGCUAGCCACUCAACAAUUGAUGAGCAUGAACCCUAUGCUUCAUCCACAGCAGCAACAACAAUUGCUGGCAACAACACUACAGCUAACAAAUCAAAUGCAAACGCAACUUUAUAUUCAACAGCAAAUGAGUCAACUGAAUGGCAAUUCAAAUCUGCUUUCACUGCAAACUGGAUUAUCACCAGCAAUAUCACAAGCAGCACCGAAUCCGUUUCUUCUCAAUUCGAUGUCUAGUCCGAACAGAACAACUCGUCAGCAGCCACGAAAUUUGCUUGGAGACACGAUUUCACCACCACUUAAACAGAAUUUGAUUCUUGAAGAAAUCAAGAGCAAUCGUAAUCCAGCUUUGUCGCUUCGUGAUGUUGCAGCUUAUGUCAUCGAGUUUGCAAAGGAUCAACAUGGCUCAAGAUUUAUCCAGCAAAAGCUUGAGUCAGCUAGCCCUUCGGAAAUGCUCAUUGUUUACGAAGCCAUUCAAAAAGACGGAACAAUGUUGAUGACAGAUGUUUUUGGUAACUACGUCGUGCAGAAGUUCUUUGAAAAGACUAACGAUGAACAACGAAUCGGUCUUUGUCGUAUAUUGAAGGGUAAUGUGCUAAGUCUCUCUCUUCAAAUGUAUGGAUGUCGAGUGAUUCAAAAAGCGAUCGAGACUUGCAAGGAAAAUCUGCAAAUGGAGAUUAUUGGUGAAAUCAUCGAACAUGUUCUUCGGUGCAUUCAAGAUCAAAAUGGAAAUCAUGUUAUGCAAAAGAUUAUUGAAUGUGUGAAACCGGCCAAAAAGCUUCAAUUCAUUGUCAAUGCUAUUAUAAAUGAGCGAGAGAACCGAGUGAUAGAAUUGGCAAAGCACAUGUAUGGUUGUCGAGUUAUUCAACGGGUUUUGGAACAUUGCUCACCAGAACAAAAGAUGCCAAUUAUUAAGACAAUCUAUCGCGACAUUGGAAUUUUGAUGAACGAUCAAUAUGGCAACUAUGUAAUACAGCACCUUGUCGAAUACGGCACCGAUGACGAUCGAGAGAUCAUUAUAUCUUCGAUUGUUGGAAAAGUUUUCACCUUAUCACAGCACAAGUUCUCAUCAAAUGUUAUCGAACGGAUACUUCAAUUUGCAAACACAGAGCACAAGAAUCGCCUCAUUUCGGAAGUGUGCAUGAGUGAUCCCAAUGACGCAAAUCCACCUUUGAUGGUCAUGAUGAAAGAUCAGUUUGCCAACUACGUUGUGCAAAAAAUGCUGGAAGUAGCUGACAAUGUUCACAGAAAGAAAAUGUUGAACUCCAUCAAACCGCACAUGCCACAAUUGCGGAAAGUAAAUUAUGGAAAACAGCUUAUUGCCAAGCUCGAGAAAUAUUUUCGGGAAAAAUCAAGCUAUAUGAAUGGAUUUGACGCACCUCCACCAGCAUCACAUGUUCAACAUCACAUGGCGUUU